AUGUACAUGGCUUUGCCGUCUCUCAAUAGUAAUAAUAGUUCCACUCCAACCACCGAACUUCCAACAAUUAAAUUCAAUAUUCCAACUUUAACCAUUAUCGAGGAUUUUGAUAAAUUAAUUGCCAAAGAAGUGAUUUUCGACGAAACUGGUGAGAAGCACAUAGUCAAACUUCUUCAUUUCCCAAAUAUAACACCGAGUGAACAAAAACGCCUACUAAUGUCUGGAUCAAGUUCCGCAAGCUCAGACGAUGAGCAAGACCCUAGUCAAGAUGGUGUUCAAAAAACCCAAAGAAAGAAAUCAUCAACAAAGCGAUCACUAGACCUACAGCGAAAAAUUUCGUUAAGUAAAGUACGGGAAGACAAAAAAGAAUCGAGACUUCAAAAUGCAGUCGAGAAUCACAAUAAUAAUAAUAACAAUAAUAACAGUGCAGGUAUAACCGAUUCUUCAUCGGCGACAUCAAUCAAUAUUGAAAAAUCAGCACCAAUUCCAAUUAAACAUGGAAAGAGUCGUCAGGCCAAAAAUGGAAAAAUUUCGGGUGGUUAUGAACAAUUUUCAAUGUCACUGCUUACAGUGCCAAUGCCCAAAGAUUAUGGUGAGCCAAGCAGUGACGAUUUAUCUAGUGAAUGGGAUUCAGAUACUGUUAAUGAAGUUAACAAAACAAAUGGAACUGCGAAUAAAGAAUCUAAGAAGUCCAUGAUUGGAUGGAGGAAAUUAAGGAACAUAGUACAAUGGACACCUUUUUUUCAAACAUAUAAAAAUAAACAAAGAUAUCCCUGGGUACAGCUAGCAGGUCAUCAAGGAAACUUCAAGGCUGGCUUAGAUGCAGGAACAGUACUAAAGAAAUUAACGCCCAAAGAAGAAGUAUGUUUUAAGGAAUUAAUGAAGGAUGUCCUUCGACCUUAUGUGCCUGAAUUCAAGGGAAUCGUUGAUGGUGAUGACAGUGAAUCUCAAUAUCUUCAGCUUCAAGAUUUAUUGAGUGACUUUAAUAAACCAUGUUGUGUUAUGGAUUGUAAAAUAGGAGUGAGAACAUAUUUAGAAGAAGAGUUGCUCAAGGCUAAAGAGAAACAAAAACUUAGAAAAGAUAUGUACGAGAAAAUGAUUCAAAUUGAUCCAAAUGCACCAACGGAAGAAGAGCAUCAAGCCAAAGGCGUCACAAAACCACGAUACAUGGUAUGGCGCGAGACAAUAUCGAGUACUGCAAAUUUAGGAUUUCGUAUUGAGGGCAUUAAAAAAGACGAUUUAAAAUCUAAAGACUUUAAGACGAUUAAAACGCGAGAUGAAAUUGUUGAAAUGUUUAAAGAAUUCAUAAAAGGCUAUCCAUUUGCGCUGCGGAAGUAUAUUCAACGUCUGAAAGCAAUUCGUGCCACACUCGAGCAUUCAGAAUUCUUUAAGGCUCAUGAGAUCAUUGGAAGUUCACUUUUAUUUGUUCACGAUCGAGGCAAUGCUAGUUGCUGGCUCAUUGACUUUGCUAAAACGGGGAAUUUACCUGAUGACAUCAAGAUCACUCACAAGAAGAAUUGGGAAGUCGGGAAUCAUGAGGAUGGAUAUUUAAUUGGAUUAAAUAAUAUUAUUGAGCUGUUCUGUUCAAUAGCUAGGGAGACAGAAUAUUUUGAUAAAUCAGACGAAGAGGAUGAUGAGGAACUCAAUUCAAGUGAUUAA